CCUCCGCCGCGCUGACGCGAGUGCGUCGAGGCCGCGGGGACCGACCCCCCCCGCCCGCCACACCGGCAGGGAUCGGCUCGGCUCGAUCCCGGCUCCGCUAUGGAGGCGCUGCGUGCGGCGGGCCGGGCCGUGCUGCGGAGCCCGCGCCUCGCCCGGCACGGCCUGGGUCUCCGCCGGCGGCACAAGCUUCCUGAGAGCUGGGCUGAUAUGCAGGAGCCGCUGCUUGAGGGGAUGUGCUUCACCCUCAAGUAUCUGGGCAUGACGCUGGUAGAAAAACCAAAAGGAGAAGACAUGGCUGCUGCUGCCAUCCGCAGGAUCGUGGCCACGGCACGGGUCGGAGCUCGCAAGUUUCAGAAGGUGAUUCUGACAGUGUCUCCAAGGGGCAUCUCACUGCAGGAUGCAGACACUAAGGAGAUGGUGGAGAACAUCUCCAUCUACAGGAUCUCCUACUGCACAACAGACAAGCUGCAGAACAAAGUCUUUGCUUAUGUUGCCCAGAGCCAGGAGAGCGGGGCACUGGAGUGCCAUGCCUUCCUCUCACCGAAGAAGAAGAUUGCCCAGGCUGUGACUCUGACCGUGGCCCAGGCCUUUCAGAUGGCACUUGAUCUCUGGGAAGCAACACAUGCUGCAGGCUCUAGGCAGGAUCAGCCCCUUCACCCUUCAUGUGUCUUGGAGAGCAGUGAGCCUGGCAGACCCUGUGAGCCAGCCCCCUCAGGGAGCGCUCCCUUCAGACACCAGUUUGGGGUACAGUAUGUGCAAGUCAGGCCCAUGUCCAGGGCUGUCUGGAAUUAGGGCAGGGACAGAGUGACCCCUCUGCAGCUCCCUGCUCCUACCCUCCCAGAACCCUGCACAGCCCCCAUCACACAUGGCAGCCUAAUGUGAGGAGGUGCACUGUGCUGUGUAGCUCACACAGCAGGUGCAGUCCCUUGGUGUCUGUGCUUCAGAAGCUCUGCUCUCAGGCCCAGCACUGCUGUAGCUUCAGCCCUGCUCUGCUAGCCCUGUCACAAAGGGACCUGGGACCUGGGCUGCACACCUGGUUUCAUGGCUGGGGUGAGAGUUGCCUCUGAAGGAGAGGACCUUUGGAUCAUUAUCCUGCCAGCUGGGCUAAGGCUCAGCCCAGCCCAUCUGCACUGCACCUCCUGCAUGGCCACAGCUAUUGGAGUAUUGUCAUCCUGGUCUCACUAUAUCCCUGUCUGGGAGCUUCUGGAUGCUUGGUCCGGGGCCUCAUGUUUCCAGUGUGAGUUCAUCCUGGCACUGCUUGGGGUUGUACCUAUGUGCAGCCUGCUCCUGCUAGUCUCUGCCUCCCCUCCAGCUGCAGGGUGUGCCCACUCACCACUGUCCCUGGGCAGAGCUGCACUGUGUCACCAGCUCUGUCAGCAUGGUCCAUGCUUGCAUUUGGGGCUUUGCACCUGGAGGGGCCAAGCUAUGGCCUGUCUGUCCUUGUGUGCCCAAGCCCAGAGGGUUCUGGCAGCCCAGCACUCCAGUCUUUCCCCACUGCUUGUGGGAAGCCUUUGUACUGUGCCUGGGGCAUGACUGUCUUGUGAAGGGGCCAGACAGCGUCUGAGCAGCCCAGCCUUGCUCCUGUCAGAAACCUGCCC